CCCUAUAAUAAAUGCAUAGGGGAAGAUAAUUGGGAGUGAGGGGCGGGUCCACUUAGUAGCCACUAAAUCAUACACAGAGACAAUACCUUCUUGUGAGACAAACCUCAGAGGCCUGGGAAGACACUGGAGGAGGUGUUCACACCAGGUAUCUGUGCCUGCGUUAUCUCAAUUAACCCUCAUUCAUAGCAACCCAUAAAGUGUUAUUUUCCUCAUUUUACAGACAAGGACACUGAAGCACAAAGUGACUUGCUGAAGAUCACCUAGCUAAAUAUUUAGGAUUCUAUGUCUCACCUCUAGCCCUAAGAAAGGAUGUUCCUUGGGGAGCAGGACAGGACUGGUUCUAGACCUGAGGCCUGGCAAGGCAGCCUCCCCAGGUGGGCAGAAGUCUUGGAGGACCUAAGUCAGGUUCUAGAAGAGGGGAGAGGAAAUGGGCUGUCCUCUCCCAGCUGGUAAACUUUCUCAGCAGUGGGGGAUGGUAGUGGAGGGACCAUUUGUCCUCAUUGGGGCCCGCAGGGUCAGUGCCCCAUCUCCUGCCCCCCUUAUCCCCCGGUGCAACCUUUAACCCUCCACCGCCCAUGCACGAGGCUGCCUGCCCUCACUGCAUUCUCCAAAGAGUUGUCUGAGCCACAGAGUGGACAGCGGCUGAUUAUGAAGAGCGGAGGCCCACUGGCCACUUCGCGUCUGCUGCUGCUGCUGCUGCUGCUGCCGCUGCUGCCACUGCUGCUGCAACUGCCUCACACCCACCAGGGACGGCCCCUGAGACAUACUCUCCCCACCCAGAGGGCCCAGGACCCUCCUGCUGUGCACCUUGGCAAUGGCCUAGGACAACAGCCUGUCGCUGUCACGACCUUUGACCUCACCAAGAUCAGCAAGUAUCAAACCUCCUCCUCCUUUGAGUUUCGAACCUGGGAUCCAGAGGGAGUGAUUUUUUAUGGGGAUACCAAUCCUAAGGAUGACUGGUUCAUGCUGGGACUUCGGGAUGGCAGGCCUGAGAUCCAGAUGCACAAUCAGUGGGCCCGGUUUACAGUGAGUGCAGGACCUCGGCUGGAUGAUGGGAGAUGGCACCAGGUGGAAUUAAAGAUGGAUGGGGACUCAGUGCUGCUGGGGGUAGAUGGGAAGGAGGUGCUGCACCUGAGACAAGUCUCUGGGCCCCUGGACACCAAAGUCCAGCCCAUCUUGAGGAUUGCCCUGGGGGCACUGCUCUUCCCCGCCUCCAACCUGCGCUUCCCGCUGGUCCCCGCCCUGGAUGGCUGCUUGCGUCAGGGCACCUGGCUGGGCAAACAGAUCCAGACCUCAGCCUCUACCCCUGCUAACCUCAGAAGCUGCGAUGUGGAGUCACAACCCGGGAUAUUCUUCCCUGCAGGGACUCAUGCAGAAUUCAGUCUCCAAGACAUUCCCCAGCCUCAUGCGGAGCCCUGGGCCUUCUCUCUGGACCUAGGACUCGAGCUAAUGGCAGGCUCAGGCCACCUCCUUGCCCUUGGGACACCAGAGAACCCUUCUUGGCUCAGCCUCCACCUCCAAGAUCAAAAGGUGGUGCUGUCUCCUGGGUCCGGGCAGGGGCUGGAUCUGCCCCUGGUCUUGGGACUCCCUCUUCAGCUGACACUGGGUGUGUCCAGGGUGGUCUUGAGCCAGGGUCUGAAGACUGAAGUCCUUGCUCUGCCUUCCUUGGGCCUUGGCCCCAUCCUCAACCUCUGGGCUCAGCCUCAAGGGCGACUCUUCCUGGGGGCUUUACCAGGAGAGGACUCUUCUGCCUCUUUUUGCUUGAAUGGCCUUUGGGCACAAGGCCAGAGGCUGGACAUGGACCAGGCCCUGAACAGAAGCCAGGACAUCUGGACUCACAGCUGUCCUCGGAGCCCAGGCAAUGGCACUGACACCUCCCAUUAAAGCCCUACCUAAGAACUCC